AUCAGCGGUCCCGGCUGCAGUAGGUGUGAGCGUGGAGGAGGCAUGGCAGCCCGGGUCAGCGUGGCUAGUGGAGAGCUCACAGGAGCUGCAGAGCACCCUGAGGGGCCCGAGGUGAUCGGAGUUCAAACUCUAGAGCCACAGAUCGAGGUCCUGAUUAACCGAAUUAAUGAAGUUCAGCAAGCAAAAAAGAAAGCCAGUGAAGAGCUGGGAGCAGUUGGGACUGUCUGGGAUGCUCUGCAGAAGGAACUGGACUCAUUGCAUGAAGAGAAAGUACGACUAAAUAAGAUCUUCAGCGGAAAGCAAGAUUCACUGAAAGUCUAUCAGCUGCAUUGCCAAGGAAAGGAAAAUGAGACCCAGAGGAAGCACACCCUGUUGCAAGAGUGCAAGGAGAAGAUUUCUUCUCUGAACUCCCAGAUUGAGGAAGAGAAGAACAAACAGAGACAGCUGAGGUUAGACUUUGAGCAACAGCUGGAGACUUUGAUGGACCAACACAAGGACCUCUGGGAAUUUCAUAAUCCGGAGCAGCUAGCAGGGGAGAUUUGUGUCCUAGAAAGCAACAAGGAGCAACUGCUAAAGGAAGAGAAGCUGGUUGAGGUGAAGCUGGAGGACGUGAAGCAUCCGCUGUUCUCUCUGUGUGGUCCUCAGUGGCCCUCCACCCUCACUGAAGGGCUCUUCCUCCGAAGCCAGGAGGCAGCAGCAGCUGUGGAAAUGUUUAAAGAGGAGAACCGGAAAGCUGAGGAGCUCCUGGAGGCUGCAGCUCAGAAUCACCACCAACUGCAGCAGAGGUGCCAGCAUCUGCAGCAGAAGCGGCAGAGGCUGAAGGAGGACUUGGAAAGGCAUGGGCCUCAGAUCCUUGAUCAAGUCCAAAGCAUGCAAGAAGGGGCCACCUCACAAAAGGCGGCCAGUCCUAAAUCUCUUGAAGUCUGUGAGGAGAAAGGCCAGGAGCCAUUAACCAAGCAGGGCCUGAUACCCUCCUAAACCAUGAAACCAUGAAGACACAUCCCACCCAAUCUCAUCUCAUGGGGUGACAUGAAAUAAAAAAAAAAAAAAUUGGUACAAUCUAUCUCUGCUGAGUCUGUGCUAGGUGGAAGGGUGGGGGUGGGAGCCCAGGCAGGAGGAUACAAACUUGGACCUUCUUAAAAGGCUGAGAAGAUCUGAAACCCACCAUUUGAUAAUUUAAUACCUUCUUGUAGACCUAGAUACCUCAAAUGCUCAAAAAGUGAAGAUAAAUCAGCUAUGAUUCAAAGCCAGUGAGUUCCCUACUACAAA